GGGCACGCUCACCUCCCCCCACGAUGUUCUUAACCAUCAGACGUGGGACUCUCUUAUGAUGGCUCUUGCGCAGCAUGCAAUGUCCGCUCAGAAAGCCGCAGAGCUAAAAACUUGGGGCCUGAUUCUUGGGGCUUUGAAAGCCACCAGGGAAGAAAAAAGUCCUUGACUAUGGCGCGCUUAUUGCUUGGGUUGGGGCCUGAUCCAGCAGAUUCUCCGGAUCUGGGGGGUCCGGGCCGGCCAGGAGAUAGUCUCUCUUGCAGGAGUUCUGAAGACGAUCCAUUGCUUAAAAUGGUGCCGACCACCCCCGCGCCAGGCGCCGCUUCCAUGAUGGCCACUGCGGAGGAAUGCGAUAAGGGCGUGCUGCAACAACCUCCACUAUCUUCGCAAAACAUUCCACAGCAGACUCUCAAGUCUCCACCCCCAUAUCGGCCACAGUCGUUGUAUCCUUUAUUGCACAAUGUUUCCGGGGCAGAAACCAGUGAAGGCUGUAUCCACCCAUCAAUGGGCAGCCCAUCUGCUCCACCCGGCCCACCUGGGGGAGGGGUAACGUCGGUAAAGGCGGAGAUACAAUGGGGCAGGGCCUGGGGGCGUGCCUGGAUCGCUGAUUGGGCGAAGAUAAGCGAAGCGAUAGACAAGAAGGGCCUCUCAGAAACAGUGCGUGCGUUUCGCGCUGUGGUCGGUGAUGACGGGGCAGUGUCAUGGGUCCCAUUAGACCCGAAAGGAGUCACGUGAUUAUUGGAGGCAGUGGAGAAGAAGGGGCUGAGAUCGCCCCGGACUUUAAAUACCUUGGAAGCUUUAACGGCACCGGGCCCGUUGCUUCCCCAUGAUAUUGAGAGUCUUAUGCGCAUGAUCCUCGAACCUGUACAAUACACCCUCUGGAAGGAGGAGUGGGCCAGUCAGCUUAAAACAGUAGUGGCAGCAGCGCAAAAUGAUCCAGGUCAUCCUGCACAUGGUACUGACUUACAUAGACUCACGGGUGCCGCUGGAGGAAUGUGCGGGACCCCUCAAGAUCAACUUACGUUGCUGUGGCCGGGUAAAGUGCUAGCGACCUCUGAUGCGGCCAUUGCUGCAUUUAGGAAGUUUGCCCAUAGUGCGGCGCCCGCGACCCCUUGGUCAGAGAUAGUGCAGGGCCUGACCGAAUCGUUUCAGGAAUUUGCUAACAGAUUUAUUAAAGUGGUGGAAGGGUCGGACAUACCUAGGGUGGUACAUAACCCAGUGAUUGUAGAUUGCCUAAAACAGAAGUCCCUCGAGGGCGUGAGAGACCUUUUACGGUCAGCCCCUGGAAAAGUAACUACGCCGGGAAAGAUUAUUAAGUAUGUUUUGGACAAACAGAAGUCCAUGCCCCUGACGAACGAGGGGCUUGCAGCGGCCAUCAUGGCGGUGGUGGCCCCCCUGAGGCUCUCCUCUAGAGGCCCCUGCUACCGCUGUGGUGAAUACGGCCACAUUAAGAUGCAAUGCGGCGCCAGAAAUAUUGGUGGCGUUGUUUGUCAACUGUGUGGCAGGAGCGGACACACCACACGCCAAUGCAGAUCAGUGGCGUGUUCGCCGCAGGACACUUGUACUUGAUGCAAUGCUAGAAGAUUUGAAUAGUGUGCGACACGCGCUUUUGCAGAAUAGAGCAGCUAUAGACCUUUUGCUAUUGGCCCAAGGCCACUGUCAGUAAAACAUGUGACGGCAAAUAUGUCGAGGAUGAAGGAACUAAUCAGGAUCUGAGCCUUUUGUUCGCAGAAACUGUUCCUGGGGAGGCCGAAGCCAAAACCUGAGAAGCCUGAACCGGAGACCACAGUGAAUCCAUACACAAAAGGCUGGAAUGGAUGAAGGAACACACCCCGAAGAUAAGGACCGACAUCGAUCUGUUCGGCGACUGGUUACAGAACUUGUUUGGUGGACUUGGACCAUGGCUCGCACAGAUACUUAGAGGAGUAGGUGUAGCGCUUCUAAUGCUUAUUAUUAUAAUGCUAUGCACACCCUGCCUUGUAGGAUGCAUACAACCCUAUCACUCACACAUAUGGGUAGGCAUAAGGUUUUAAUAGUAGAUAACUUAGAUAGGAAAUGGACAUAGGGGUAGGAUACUUGCGGUCGCGCUGUAAUAGGACAAGGCUUUGCUGAGCAUGGGGAGGGGGAUAUGUAGUAGGCAAAAAGCGAGGCAUUCGAGAUGUGACAUGGCAGGACCUCCCCUGCUCUGUUAGUGGACACAGAUAAAGUUAACAAGGCUAUAAGAUGCUGUAAAGUUACAAUAAACGCCAUUUUGCUGCUCACCAUAUUGGUGCCUAUACGCAGUGUUUGGCCUGGACCAGGGUUUUGGUCUCAGCGUGCAAGGGUGAAUACAGAGGGUUGCCUUCACAUGGCAACAGGAAACCAAGUGCAUCAAAGAGUAAAAGUAGAGAUUGGUGCAAAUCAGAACCUCGAGUCCUAAACCGAGCAGCGUCCUCCUCUUCACAGUUCAGAGAUUCAGAUCUGCACCCAAGCUUUGCAGCAAUGGGCCACUGCUAAGCAAUAUACUCAGGCAGAAAAUGGAAAAGCAGUUUAUCACAAUGGUCUCAGCAUGACCUCAAUGUGGCAGACUUUUUCAGCUGUGUCAAAGCAAAAUGGCUUUCAGAAAGCUCUUCAUAAUAACUUGAGGAAAGGCACUCACAGCACAGGGAAAUGAAAGAAGGAAAAAAUGUAGAGGGGUCUUGGAUGGCCCUAUGACACCUGGGAUGUGGAGAAGCAGCAAUAUGAGAAAUGUUAAAACACUGCGAAAGCUACCUUUAAUUUAUACGUUAUCUGAUCACUGAAUGAUUAUCAGUGUAAUACAGCUCUAAUUUCUCAGGAAUCUCUUCAUUUUCAGUAGUCUAAAGAAACACCUCAGCUAGUGUCCAAGCACAAAGUGACCCCGUUUUUAGAAGUAAGGAAAAUUCAGAAGUAAGGAAUCAUCAGACUAGUUAUACAAAUGUAGAAAGGAAAACACUUCUAAAAAAAUAAAUCAGGCCACAUUUAUAAAUAUACCUAAAUAUAGAGUACAGAGCUGUACUGUGGAGAGUAAUUCACAUUUCAGA